AUGGUCAAAGAAACAGAACCAUCAAUCCCCGAAAGAGCUUUUAUAUUACAAGCACUUAAAGAGGGUUAUCGGUUAGACUGCCGGAAUAAAUUAGAAUUUAGAAACAUAGACAUCAAACUAGGACGCGAAUUUGGGCAUGCAGAAGUACAGCUCGGUUCCACUAGAGUUUUUGCCAAGGUAUCUUGCGAAGUGACACGUCCAUAUGAAGGGAGACCGACCGAAGGCAUAUUGGUGCUCAAUACGGAAAUGUCGCCUAUGGCAGUUCCCAGCUUGGAACCGGGAAGACCAUCGGAAGAUGAAGUUCUUGCCAGCCGUAUAAUAGAAAAGGCUUUGAAAAGAAGCAAUGCAAUUGAUACUGAAGGACUGUGUAUUGUAGCUGGAGAAAAAGUCUGGACGAUACGCAUAGAUAUUCAUUUCCUCGAUCAUGAUGGUAACGUCGUGGACGCUGCCUGCAUAGCUGCAUUAACAGCAUUGUCACAUUUUCGACGGCCAGACGUUACUGUGGCUGGGACUGAUGUUACGAUACAUUCAUUAAAAUCACGAAAUCCAGUCCCAUUGAGUAUACAUCAUAUGCCCAUAUGCGUAACAUUUGCAUUCUUCGAUAAUGGAAAUCUCUUUGUGGUUGACCCGCUUCACCGGGAAGAACAGGUCCGUGAGGGUGACAUGACUUUAACCAUAAACAAACACCGAGAGAUCUGUGCUAUUUCAAAAGCUGGAGGGAUACCGUUAGAAUUAGAGACAAUCGUAGAGUGUUCACAAAUUGCGGCAUUAAAAGUUAAAGAUAUAACUGCAUUGAUUCAAGCAGCUCUGGACCGGGAUGCGCAGGAAAGGAAAUUUGGUACCGUCAGUUGA